CCGGACAUCUACUUUGUCUCUCCGAGCGAUCGUCCUGCCCGGUCCCGCCGGUCAACACAACUCCGACAGAUUUCUCCGGCAUCCGUCUGAGAGACAACCUACCGUAGAAGAAGCAGCCUUACUUUGAGACAACAUGUGGGAGAAACUUCUUUUCUGUUUCUGCGCCGUCAUGGCCUGCAUCGCGGGGAGUGCGGCAGCACCUAGGAUUGCCAAGGACCAAACGACAAACCAUCAUCGUUCCAAGAGAGCUGCUCAGGCAGCAAUCGCCAAGUUUGCCGGAGAGGCUGCCAUGGACAUCGGCGGGAAGGUCGUGGACGCGCUGGGAGACAGGAUCGCGGAGGCAGUGGUGGAGAACCACCAGGAGAAAGUGGUGUCAGGUCUGGAGGAGUACUUCUCCGGCCAGUUCGACCGGGCAGACGAGGAGUUUGACAAAGUGCUAUCACGUGGCGGGGACCUCCUUUCCGGCGUGGGCUCAGAUUUGAAAGAGGCUAAACUGACCAUGAUUAACGGCAGAGGCUCGAACACCGGGGACACCUUCUCACCACCUGACCAGGAGAUCCGCAUGGAGUUUGAGCAUGUUGAUGACAGCGACGAGGGCACCACUGACGGGAUCACCCCGAUUUCCUACCCGAUGGGUCUGGGGUCUGUUCUCAUGAACGGCUGCUUUGGCACCAACUAUUCAACCGGAGAUCCCUGUUACGAGGCUUUCGUGCCGAUAGAGGCUUGUGCUAAUAUCAUUGACGGAGCAACUUUCCUGGGUGUUGGGUUUGACGGCCGAGGUGAAUAUUCAACCGACUCCAGGAAGAAGAGCCUCAUUCAGCGAUCCUGCAAUGGUCUACAGGGAUACAAGGAGUUCCACGUUCCCGACACCAUGACCGUACAAGGCAUCUACAACACCGACGUGGAGACCUACAGCUUCACCUCCGUGGAGGAAUACAGGCAGUAUCUGGAGACCAAGUCUUCUGUGACGACUGCUACGGCCAUGUUCCAACAAGAGAUGAACAAGGUCCAAGGUCAUCUAGCCAAAAGCGGCGUAUUUGGGCUGUUUUAUUCCGUAGGCGUGGGCUUCGGCGUCCAAUGGGGAAGCGACUCUGAAGCAUCUGCAUUGUCAGCAAAUUCCGCAGCUUCUGCCGAUCUAAGUGAGGGCACCACCCAAACGUUCGUAGCCAUGCUGGAGCUUAACGUUUACAGGUACGAGAUCUUUUUGGACUUUGUCACACCGGAAGACUUGAACCUGGCUUUCCUGAGGGAUUUCCUGGGACUACCUUCAACAUACUUUGCCAUUGGAGCAGACAGGGAGUUCCAAAACUUCCUCUUGCGCUGGGGAACACAUUACAUCACUUCCGCCAAGUUCGGCGGGCAGCUGAAGAUCGUCAAGGUCAAAGAAGCCACCGAGGAAGACAAUCAAAGUACUUUCGCUCAGGCUGCCCAGGCUGACUUCAAGCAGCUCUUCAGUACCUACACAUCCGUCCAAACACAGAUCAAGUCCAGCAGCUGGUGGCACGAUCAGGACUUCAAGACUGACUCACAGCUUUCUUCUGGCUCGUCAUCAGCAGAUUCAGCUUCACAAGAGUCUCUAAGAGACCAAGCAGCCAGGGUAACGACGGACUACAGCAACGAGUUCAUGAUUGUGCAGGGAGGGAACCAGCAGAUCGCAGCCGCCAUCACCGAGUUCUACACGACUGCAUUCGGAUCCGAGCUCAAAAGUUGGCUGGACUCCAUCGAGGAGUUCCCGAAAGCCUUUGAGUUCACCAUGGCGCUGAUCACGGACCUCUUCGACAUGAACUUCGACCUACUCUUCCCCCAUGGUCUUUUGGAUUACGGCUGCUUCGGAAGUAAGGACCUUAGUGUAGACGACAAAGGUCGGAGAUAUUACGUCGAAGACUCGGAGGAUCCCAACACGUCACAGCAACACGCGAACAUCCGCUUCUGCAACUUUGACACGCAGGAGAGGUUCACGGAGAGCGUGACCAACCGGAGGCUGGCCCUCGAGCGGGCCAUCGCCGUGUAUCUGGAAGAGGGUCCGUUCGUCAGCGCCGACUUCUCCAUCCCUGCCGGAGAGCCCGGAUGUGAGACCUCCGAGCUGGCACUCCUUCAUGACUCCAACGUGGGAGCUCCUCGCUGGCAGGACAUGAUCAGCGGAGGAGAGUUCAACGUCAUCUUCGACCUGCCUGCCGACAUCCCCAACUUCCUGGUGUCCAAGUACGCUGUCCGUGUGAAGUACGUGAAGCACAGGUGGCUGACCAUGAGAGACGGGGUUCACCCGCACACAUAUGACGGACACAGGAACGGCAACAGUGGCGACAUCACCUGGAACAAGAUUAGCGUGGGAGGCUUGGUGAUGACGUAUGACCAGGAUACAGGGCUGUUCACCGUGACUCCAGAAGACUUCGAGGCGUCCUCGCGGGUUAUUCCGGACCUGCCCGACUGGAUCAACGACAUGCCGGUGGCCAGGGCAGAGUACAAGUCGCUGCUGCGGCACCUCAGUGAUACCGGGGGUUUGGAUAGAGGGCUAGUACCUUGCAACCUGAGGUGGUCCAACGCCCACCGUAUUGACGCGACCGACGGCGGCAAGUGCAUCCACUUCACGGCGGCGUCAGAGGGAGACAUCUUCGUGGUGUUCGCCAGCAUUCCCCGCGACCACGAGUCCUGGCUGUCCGUGCAAAUCUCUCCGGACGGCGUCGCUAUGUACAAGUCACUGCGCCUGGUGACCAGCCAGCUGGAACGUGCGGCCAAGGGUCUAGGAACAGCCACGCUGUACCAGUCCUACUUCGUCUGUAUCAAGGACGACGUGGAGGCAGGAACAACAACUGUGCAGUACGGAAAGACACCGGACAGCGAGGAGCGGAUUGUGGUUUGGAUGGACCAUCAGUUUGACCAGGUCCUCUCCCUCCAUUACUACUCCUUCGGGAGCGGCGCUCAUCCUGUCAAGAUCAUGCGGGUGUCUCAAUCCGACCAGCCUGGCGACGACUUCAUCGCCUGUGGCGCUGGGCUGGAGAAAUCCGGAGGGAGAUGUGUGCCCAGAAACGACUAAAUGACCCGCUGGUCCACUCCUGAGGAAUGCUGACUUCUCCUUGUCACUUUUCUGAGUAGUCCUAGUCCCCAAUAAUGUACCCUUGGAGUGGCUGACAUUCCCCUCGAGGACAUCAGACGACAGUUUAGUUUCUUUACAUGACAGUAUACACAAAACUGCAGACAGCCCGGAAUACUUUCCUACACAGAGUUUAAUGUAGGGAAUCCAGCCCAUAGGAUCUAGGAAAAAAUGCUUGUCUCAUCAACAGAAAAAAAACACACUACAUAUUGAAUUUCGAUAAAAACACGGCCAAUGUUUGAAAGUUGAAGGAACGUAAUACAGAACAGAACCUUAGGAACUACAGGAGAAGGAAACUUGCCGCAGUGGCAGUAUCGAACAACGUUUUGUGCCCGAUAUCUAUUCUAAGGAGUACAACAACAGCUGCAAUGCAAUGCUGACAAAAUGGGUCGAAUUUGCUACAAGGUAUUUACUUGAAUCAUUUACUUGAAUCAAACGUUACAUCAAAUCUUAUCAUCGGCAUUAUGACAAAUAUAGAUCUAAAAGUGCUAAAUGAUAAUUAAAAUCAAAUAUGAGAUCAUCAGGCAUUUAACCAAAAUGGGUUGACAACUAAUUAAUAUUCUGAAAAAAGACACACACGACCCAAGACAGCAUUGUAGCUAGUGAUAUUUAGAAUGAAGGUUUCUCUAAUUUGCUAGUCGGCGACACGGUUACUCCAUGACAACAUACUUGUUUGACAACACGUCACCGUAUGGCCCAUUUGUAGUUCUCAGGCCUACCUGCGUUUUAACCAUGGUAAUUAGUAGAUUUAGAACAUCAAACCUUAGACUUGAUGAUGUAUUCCUAAGCACACUCGCUGCCGUACAUGAUGAUAUUACAGGUAACUGUUAUAGAGAGUAACCUCAAGAGGAGUUUUGUUAGCAUAUCCAUCAUAAAGAGACCUUUCUCAUCGUCAUUGUUAUGGUUAGAACGCUGGUAGUUUACACCUGAUAAGGAUCGAUUAUGUGUAUUUAAGAUUUUUGCUCGAAAAAUUAUGGGAUCUUAUGGUCAGAACUAUAUGCAUUUGUGACCAAAAUAUAUAAAGUUGGUCCAGGACAGCACUUUCCAUUGAAACAGCACUUUCCGUUAGACCAGCUUUUGUCUUCUACAAAUAUAUUCUAUGUAACACUUUGACAAAGAAACGUAGCUUUGAUUUUUCCAAAGUAUUAGGUUCAAGGCUGUCAUGGUGUCUUAUAGAUACUUAAACGCUGACGACCGAUAGGUUAUCAAUAUAAUAAACCUAGUAUGGAAGUGCUUUUUAAUAAGUUGAUUUUAUCAGUAGCCCGCAGAUCGCACUUAUGACUUUUUGAGCUUCGUUAAAGAAUAUAUCAUUUAUGGAUUAUGACUUAUCUUUCAAAUAGUUGAAAUAAAGGUGCAGCUGUUGUU